AUGAUUUCUACCACCGAGGCGGCUUUCUUUUCGGAUUCGCUAUCCUCGACUGCAAAUCCUUCCAUCCGAGGGGAUGGUCGAACUCCGUUCAGCUAUCGACCGAUCAACCUGAUCGAUCAUGUUUCAUUACAGUCCAACGGUAGUGCACGCUGCCAACUCAAAACUUCUUCCGAAAAUAUCGUUACCGAUGUAAUCGUAGGCUGUAAGCUGGAAGUAGAACAGAGAGAUUUCGAUACUCAUGGAGCUAAAAUAGAAUGUUCAGUGGACUUUCCACCUGCAGCUUUGAUCGCCUUACCUUAUGAUCCGGCACAAUUAUACACAAGCCAUCUGAAUAUGAUAUACGGCCCCCUGGCAUUCUCCAAACAACUCCGGAUUUCGUCUACCCAUAGUUGGGUCAUCUAUAUUGACGCAGUCGUGAUAUCUGCCUCGGCAGGAAAUGCGAUGGAUGUAAUAUGCAUGGCGGUUCACAGGGCACUUUGCAAUCUGAAGUUACCCAAAACGGCAGAAGUUGGUUAUCAACGAACCAAGAGUCCAGACGUUGCGCCCUCAAUCGAGAUCGAAACUUCAAGUUCAAUACUAAACGAUAACAUGGUCGAAGAAACUGGCAUUCAGGGACUUCUUCGGCGUAAUCGUUCUUCGAAAGGCAAAUCAUCAACCCAAGCAUUUGACUUCGAAUUGAAAGACACUGACGCCGAACAUGGUGAUCAACUAUCAAUCAAGAGCUUCAUACCAAUUGUCAUCACAAUCAAUCUCAUUGAUCAAAAAAUGUUUCUUGAUGCAACGUUAGACGAAGAAAGUAUAAGCUCUAACAGGCUUAUACUCGCUUAUACCGAAGGGGGUAAGAAAAUUGCUAAUGUGAUCCAAACUGGGGUCAAGAGCGAGAUAGGUUUUGAUUUACUCCGAUCGGUCAUUCGCGAAGGUGCCACAAUUGCUGGAGACCUAUCCAAACAACUUUAG